AUGGGCAUCCUACGAAGCACCCUAUUAGCCCUUUCAUGGCUUGCUUUUGCACAUGGCAAAAGCUCUCGCUCUGGCCACGCACCCAAACCUUAUUACCCUCCAACGGCAGACUACACCGAUUUCAUGAUUCCCGUGUCCGUCGCUCCCGAGGCCCUUCAAUUCGCUUUCCCGAAAUGGGAGACUGACUACGAUCUCGUCGAUUUCCUGGCAGCUGCCACAACUCAUCAAAACCCUGAUACUCAGUCUCCCAUUACCGGAUCCGUUGUGGGUGCCAAGUCCAAGACGGUCCUCCUAGCCACACACGGCAUUGGACAAGCGCGCUCCCAUUGGAACUCGCCGUUCCGUCCGGAAGAGUACAAUUUUGUCCAAUUCGCCGUCGACCAGGGAUAUUCCGUGUUCUUCUACGACCGGCUGGGCCAGGGAUCGAGCCAAAAGAUCCCCGGGAGCGGCGAGUAUACUGAGGCAAUCGGGAAACCAGAAAAGCUGGCGUUGAUGGGCUUCAGUUUCGGAAGUUACAUCAUUCAUGCGGCCGUCGCCUCAAGCCCGGAGAUCGCGGAUGCUGUGGUCUUGACCGCUAUCGGAUUCAAUAUCACGGGCAUUUAUCUCAAUGGUCUGGUCAGGAGCUUCGUUCCGCGAAUCGCAAAGCUACAAAAUAAGAAAUAUGGGAAAUGGGAUAACGGAUACCUGAUCUGGGUGGACAAGUUCGCGCAGCCCUUCUACGACGCCGAAACCGCCGACUUUGCUGAGGAAGCGAAGCAACCUUUCGGCUUUGCCGAGUUUUACGCGUUCCCUCUUGGCAAUGGGGGUAACUACGAUGCUAGCAACUUCACAGGACCAGCCCUUGCCAUCACAGGAAGGGAUGACUACAUCGUAUGCGACGGCAAAUGCGAUGGCAUCUUUGAUGAACCGGCUCGAACUUUUUACAAGAACGCGCAGCCAUUUGUGCCCUAUUUGCAUCCGGAUGCCAGCCACAACUUCAAUUUCCAUCAUAAUGCGACGGAAGCAUACAAGGUCAUCACCGACUUCUUGGCGGGGAAUCUAAAGUAA